AAUCUCUCUGUUUGUGUUGCUGUACGUUGUGCGUAUAUUCUGGUAUUCUUUCCUUUCUACUUUUCCUUUUCCUUAGCCUCAUCACUUUUCCCAUUCUCUCAUCAUUCAAUCCAAAAUCACCAUCACUUUCUUUCUUCUUCCUUUUCAAUCCUCAUCUCUCUCUCUCUCAUCAAUUUCAAUCACCACCUAAUUUUCCUUAAUCUCAUUCCAAGUUACCUUCUUUUUUCGUAAUUUCAAUUGCUUAAUUCAACUCCUUUCUUUAAUUGCUGGUUAAUUUUUUUUUCUUAUUUAUAUUUAUCAUCGAGUUUUUCUUUUGUUGUUGUGAAGAUGGUUUUGGGAAUAAGAACAAAGAGUAGAAAAACUGUAUCAAAUUCAAUCCAAGUUCAUUACAUUAUCCAUGUUUAUGAGAUCAAACCAUGGCCACCUUCACAAUCACUCAGGUCUCUUCAAUCUCUGCUUUUGCAAUGGCAAAACGGUGACCGAAACUCCGGCUCUCUACCCUCCUCCACUGUUGGCGAUGGGAAAAUCGAGUUUAAUGAACCUUUCAAGCUUUCCGUAUCUAUGUUGAAGAAGGAAAAGAAACGCGAGAGUUUUAAGAAAAAUCAUUUGGAGUUUCAGUUGUAUGAUAGGACAGUGAAGAGCCAGCUUAUAGGAUCAGCCACCUUGAACUUUGCGGAUUUUGGAAUUAUUGAGGAAACUAAAGCCAUUUGUUUUCAGUUGAAUUGUAAGAAGAGUUUCAAGAGCUCGGUGCAACCGUUGAUGUAUGUUAGUAUUCAGCCGUUUGAUGUAGAGUGUUCCAGCUCUUCACCUAGCAGCAGCUUGUCCAAAGAAUUGUCAAUGGAGAAGGAAGAGAGGGAAUCUGUAUCACAGUCAAUUAAUGAUGAUGAUGACAACGACAAUGAUGAUCUUGAAAUUGCCUCUUUUACUGAUGAUGAAACGGAUGACAUUGCUUCAAAUAAUUUGCAAACUAUCAGAUCGGCUUCCAAGGAUACCAGAGGCAGUGGCGAAAUUGGUGAAGGAGGAUCAAAGGGAGCUAAUGGAGAAGGUAUUCUACCCUCAGAAAUUAUUACUUCUAGCUUACAUGUAAACACAAAGGCGGGAUCACCCUCACAUAUCAAUGACAUCAAAUCUCCCUCUUCGUCUCCGGUUCUAGGCACGGGUGUCGGAAAUGUUGAAAAUGGUAGCCCUUCUUCACCUAAAAUUUCUAAGAGAAGUGUCAAGGUUGCUGAUGCAAGUUCUGAAAAACAAGAAAGGAUUCAACAAUCUCCCUCUUCAUCUCCGGUUCUUCGCUCGGGUAUCGGAAAUGUUGAAAAUGAUAGGCCUUCUUUACCAGAAAUUUCUAAGAGAAGUGUCAAGGUUGCUGAUGCAAGUUCUGAAAUUCAAGAAAGGAUUCAACAAUCUCCCUCUUCGUCUCCGGUUCUUCGCUCGGGUAUCGGAAAUGUUGAAAGUGGUAGGCCUUCUUUACCAGAAAUUUCUAAGAGAAGUGUCAAGGUUGCUGAUGCAAGUUCUGAAAUUCAAGAAAGGAUUCAACAAUCUCCCUCUUCGUCUCCGGUUCUUCGCUCGGGUAUCGGAAAUGUUGAAAGUGGUAGGCCUUCUUUACAAGAAAUUUCUAAGAGAAGUGUCAAGGUUGCUGAUGCAAGUUCUGAAAUUCAAGAAAGGAUUCAACAAUCUCCCUCUUCGUCUCCGGUUCUACACUCGGGCAUCAGAAAUGUUGAAAAUGGUAGGCCUUCUUUACAAGAAAUUUCUAAGAGAAGUGUCAAGGUUGCUGAUGCAAGUUCUGAAAUUCAAGAAAGGAUUCAACAAUCUCCCUCUUCGUCUCUGGUUCUACACCCGGGCAUCGGAAAUGUUGAAAAUGGUAGGCCUUCUUUACCAGAAAUUUCUAAGAGAAGUGUCAAGGUUGCUGAUGCAAGUUCUGAAAUUCAAGAAAGGAUUCAACCAUCUCCCUCUUCGUCUCCGGUUCUACACCCGGGCAUCGGAAAUGUUGAAAAUGGUAGGCCUUCUUUACCAGAAAUUUCUAUGAGAAGUGUCAAGGUUGCUGAUGCAAGUUCUGAAAUUCAAGAAAGGAUUCAACCAUAUCCCUCUUCGUCUCCGGGUCUACGCCUGGGUAUUGGAAAUGUUGAAAAUGGUAGGCCUUCUUCACCUAAAAUUUCUAAGAGAAGUGUCAAGGUUGCUGAUGCAAGUUCUGAAAUUCAAGAAAGGAUUCAACAAUCCCGUUGGCAAGAUAUUUCUGUUGAUAGGUUCAAAGCCAUAUCUCCAUCUUCAAACAUUUCAUCUAGUAUCAGACCACACUUUGAAACAUCUUCCCAAUCUCAAGUGCUUCCAGAGGAUAGUGUAAGCCACGGCGAUAACACAGAAAACAGGCUAUGUAAAGAACAUGUUCCCAAGAAGGUUGGCAGUGUUAGAAACACUGGUGUGAUGGAGGACAAAUUGAAAAAGGACAAGGGAAGAAAAGGACGAGAACAGUUUACUACGAGUAAUGGAAAUUUCACAAAUGUGCUUGACAAUAAUUUUUCAGAUGAUGAAUCUACAAGAACAGAAAAAUUAAAUAGUGAUUCUCUUCUGCUAAGUAAAAAAUCACAUGAACAACCAACAAUUUUUUUGACAAAUGAGAAAUCAGAGGAUAUGAGAAGUAAAAUGUUUCCUUUACAAACUACUGAGAGCUAUGGGCAGUUCAUGAGGAGUCAGAACCUAGAUCAGGAAGAGAAAAUAAAUACUUCUAAUGGUGUUCAUGUUGAUGCUGCUUGUCAUAAAGAUGUUAAUGUGAAUGUUAGUUCUUUUAUUGAUAAUUCUGAAUUGAAGGCUGAAGUUGAACGGCUUCGUGAAGAGCUGAGAGAAGCUGCUGCUCUUGAAGCUUCAAUGUACUCAGUUAUUGCUGAACAUGGCUCAUCAAACAAGGUUCAUGCACCUGCUCGGCGCUUGUCUAGAUUCUAUUUCCAUGCUCGCAGAGUUGGCUCCCCUGCUAAAAUAGCUAGUGCAGCCCAGAGCGUUGUCUCUGGAUUUGUUUUGGUUUCUAAAGCAUGUGGAAAUGAUGUUCCAAGGUUGACAUUCUGGUUCUCAAACCUACUAUUGCUAAGAGCAAUUGUGAGCAAAGGAGUUGAAAAUAAAGACCUUGGUAAUGGUCCGUGUCUCAAUGGUGAAUGUUAUGUAAAUGGUUCCACAUCUCAUGACAAAGAAAGAGAAAAUACAGAAGAACAAUUUCAUGGCUGGCUGGAGCCAGAGACAUUUUUAGUUGCAUUGGAAAAGGUUGAAGCAUGGAUGUUCUCUCGAAUUAUUGAGUCAGUGUGGUGGCAGACUCUGACUCCAUACAUGCAGUCUGCAGCAGCUAAGAGCUCUAGCUCUAGGAAAACCUAUGCUAAGAGAUAUACUAUUGGUGAUCAAGAUCAAGGAAACUUUUCUAUUGAUUUAUGGAAAAGAGCUUUCAAGGAUGCGUGUGAAAGGCUUUGUCCUCUUCGAGGUGGAGGGCUUGAGUGUGGCUGCUUGCAUUUGAUAUCUAGAAUGGUGAUGGAACAAUUGGUUAAUAGACUUGAUGUGGCGAUGUUCAAUGCUAUUCUUCGGGAAUCAGCCGAUGAAAUGCCCACCGAUCCUAUAUCUGACCCUAUUAGUGAUUCUAAGGUUCUUCCUAUUGCAUCUGGAAAAUCAGGUUUUGGCGCUGGUGCGCAACUAAAGAAUGCUGUUGGUGACUGGUCAAGAUGGCUUUCAGAUUUGUUUGGCAUUGAUGAUUGUGACUCUCUUGAAGAUAACAAUGAAAAUGAUUUCAUAAAAUAUGAAUAUUCCUUCAAACCUUUCCCUCUCCUGAACACGUUGAGUGAUCUAAUGAUGCUUCCUUUCGAAAUGCUUGCGGACAGAUCAAUGAGAAAAGAGGUAUGUCCUAGAUUAGGCAUAUCAUUGAUAAGACAGGUCAUCGACAAUUUUGUCCCCGAUGAGUUCACCCCUGGACCUGUCCCGAAUGCUGUUAUCGAGACCUUGAACAAUGAGGAUAUUGCAGAUGAUGAAGGGUCCAUCACAAGCUUUCCAUGCAGUGCUGGUUCCACAUCCUACGCACCUCCCCCAGCUUCUUCAGUUGUGAGCAUGCUAAAAGAAGUGGGAACCCCUUCACUAAAAAGUGCAUCAUUUAUGCUUAAAAAGUUAUACACAAGUGACGAUGAACUUGAUGAAUUAGAUUCACCACUUUCUGCUCUUGGCAUGGACGACUCUAAGAAAAUGUUUGCAGUAGUAAAGGAAGGUCGUAAGGUUGUCCGAUAUGAGCUUUUGAAAGAAGUAUGGAAGAGUAGUGAAUGACAUAUUCAAUCAUUAUUUCAUUCUUUUGUAUAUUUUGUUUAUAGUAUAACAGCUUUUGUUUUGUUUUAAACAAUAAGAGUAAUAAUAGUAUUGGCCUUUUAUAAUAAUCUUGUUCACCUUCA